AGACGCUCAUGCGUAAGCAACAGCUGUCCUGCUGCGGGGACUGACUGUGAGAGGGGGGGAAACGUUCUCAGCGAAGGCUUGAAAGAAGACCAACGACCCGGCUAACUUCUGGGUUCUUUGGAAAUCACUUUUUUGACUGGACAAGGGCAUUACUGAGAGACCCCAGUGCGGUGGUAUCUCUCGCCGAACAGAAUGCGAAGAUGGCAGGCCUGCUCCUCCCGACCGAUGGCACCGAUGUGUUUCACCGUUUCACGCCGGAGUCGCUGGCGGCGAUCGAGCGUCGCAUGGAGGAGGAGGCUGCCGAGCAAGAGCGCUUGAAGGAGCUGAAUCCCAAAGCCCCAGAGAAGGACGAGGAGGAUGACGAGAACCUCCCCAAACCCUCCAGCGACCUGGAGGCUGGGAAGGCCCUGCCCUUCAUCUAUGGAGACCUGCCGCCAGAGCUGUUCAACAUACCACUGGAGGAGCUGGACCCCUACUACCAGGCCCAGAAGACAUUUAUCGUCAUCAACAAAGGGAAUACCAUCUUCAGGUUCAAUGCUGAACCAGCCUGCUACUGCCUGAGCCCCUUCAGUAUUGUAAGACAGAUAGCUAUUAAAGUUCUCAUACAUUCAUUGUUCAGCAUGUUCAUCAUGAUAACUAUUCUAGCAAACUGCGUGUUCAUGACGAUGAGCGAUCCUCCAGCAUGGAGUAAAACUGUGGAGUAUGUUUUUACUGGUAUCUAUACUUUUGAAGCAACAAUCAAAGUACUAUCUAGAGGAUUCUGUGUAGGAGAUUUCACAUUCCUUCGUGACCCUUGGAACUGGCUUGAUUUCAUGGUCAUCAGCAUGGCGUACAUCACUGAGUUUGUCGAUCUGGGCAAUGUAUCUGCGCUUAGGACAUUCCGAGUUCUUCGUGCCCUAAAAACUAUCACUGUAAUUCCUGGUCUGAAAACAAUCGUUGGCGCACUGAUUCAAUCAGUGAAGAAGCUACGGGAUGUAAUGAUUCUCACCGUGUUCUGUCUGGCUGUAUUUGCCCUGGUGGGCCUUCAGCUAUUCAUGGGCAACCUGCGGCAGAAGUGUGUCAUUUGGCCACCACAGUCCAACCAAACGUUACAGGACUUGCUUAGCUUCACCCCAGACUACAGCACCUUGGUCUCCACCGUACACUACAACAACACCGCAAACAGUACCUUUGACUAUCAGGCAUACAUUGACAACCCAGACAACCAUUACUACCUGGAGGGUCAGUUAGACCCACUGCUCUGUGGAAACAGCUCAGAUGCUGGUGUUUGCCCUGACGGAUAUAUCUGCCUUAAGGCAGGAAACAACCCCAACUACGGCUACACACACUACGACUCGUUUGGCUGGGCCUUUCUGGCUCUCUUCCGUCUGAUGACGCAAGACUACUGGGAGAAUCUUUUUCAGCUGACUCUCCGAGCAGCUGGAAAGACCUACAUGAUCUUCUUCGUGGUAAUGAUCUUCCUUGGCUCUUUCUACCUCAUCAACCUCAUUCUGGCUGUGGUUGCCAUGGCGUACGCCGAGCAGAAUGAGGCCACUAUGGCUGAAGCUAAAGAAAAGGAGGAAGAGUACGCCAAGAUCCUGGAGCAACUGAAGAAGCAAACUGCUGAGAGGCAAGGCAGACUAGCCAGCAGCAAGCUGUCCCUGUCGAGUCAGAACAGUAAGGGUGGAGGAACAGAGGAUGAUCAUAUUGAUGAUGACCGAAGCCUUGGCAAAGAUGGAGAGGUCAAGAGGGCCCUCAAGGAUGAGGAGUCUGCAGGGAACAUAGUGAAGUCCAAUGGCAGCAUGGACUACCUGCAGGUCCCUGGGGAGCAAGAGAGGAAAGGCAGUGCUGUCAGUGCCACCAGCGCCCUCAGUGCUACCAGUGCCGUGUCAGCAGCAAGCAACACCAUGGACGAACUUGAAGAGCUUCAGAGGCCAUGCCCCCCUUUCUGGUACAAGUUUGCGGACAUCUUUCUGAAGUGGAACUGCUGUCCUCCAUGGAUCAUCUUUAAGAAGUGGGUGUAUUUUGUGGUGAUGGACCCAUUUGUGGACCUAGGCAUCACCAUCUGCAUUGUGCUCAACACUCUUUUCAUGGCCAUGGAACACUAUCCAAUGACAGAAGAGUUUGAGAAUAUGCUUACAGUGGGGAAUCUGGUCUUCACAGGGAUCUUCGCAGCUGAGAUGGUUUUCAAGCUCAUCGGCAUGGACCCGUAUUAUUAUUUCCAGGUGGGCUGGAACAUCUUCGACAGCAUCAUCGUGACCAUGAGCCUGGUGGAGCUGGGUCUGGCUGAUGUCCAGGGCCUAUCUGUGCUGCGCUCCUUCCGUUUGAUGCGCGUCUUCAAACUGGCCAAGUCCUGGCCCACCCUCAACAUGCUGCUCCGCAUCAUUGGCAACUCUGUUGGCGCCCUGGGCAACCUGACUCUUGUCCUUGGCAUCAUCGUCUUCAUUUUUGCCGUGGUGGGCAUGCAGCUAUUCGGCAAGAACUACAGUGAUUGCGUGUGCAAGAUUGCAGAGGACUGUGUGUUGCCCCGCUGGCACAUGCAGGACUUUUUCCACUCCUUCCUCAUCAUUUUUCGCAUCCUGUGCGGGGAGUGGAUUGAGACCAUGUGGGACUGCAUGGAGGUGGCUGGUCAAGGCAUGUGCCUCGUUGUCUUCAUGAUGGUCAUGGUCAUCGGUAACCUAGUGGUCCUGAACCUCUUCCUGGCCUUGCUGUUGAGCUCCUUCAGUGGAGACAACCUGGCCCCACCGGACGAUGAUGGAGAAAACAACCUCCAGAUCGCCAUUGGGAGAAUCACCUGGGGCAUUGACUGGGCCAAAGCCUUCAUCACAGGACAUGUUAGGAGGCUUCUUGGGAUAAAACCCAAAAAGGGUGAGGGGGAAGAAGAGGAUGAGGAUCAGGAGGAUCACGUCAAGUGCAACAAUUUGGUCCUGAGAAACCUGGACUCAGGUGAGCCUGAGCUGAAGAAAGUGGAUGGGGUGUGGGGCUGGGCGGAAGACACCGGCAAUAACGGGUCGUUUACUAACGCUCUGACCCUCAACGUGCCCAUGGCCAAGGGAGAGUCGGACUUUGACACUCAUGAUGAGGACAGCACUUCAGAGUAUGAGAACGAGGCAGAAGAUGAUGAGAAGACUAAGAAGGAGGAUAAUGCUGACGACACUUCCCAGUGCAGUACAGUGGACAAGGGUCCUCCGAUAGUGGAGGUGGAGGAAGAGGAAGAGGAAGACAUCUUGCCUGACGAGUGCUACACUGAGAACUGUAUCCGCCGUUGUCCUUGCCUGACCCUGGACAUCACCGAAGGUAAAGGGAAAAUAUGGUGGACCCUCCGGCGCACUUGCUUUACAAUAGUGGAGCACAGCUACUUUGAGACCUUCAUCAUUUUUAUGAUCCUGCUUAGCAGUGGUGCUCUGGCCUUCGAGGACAUCUACAUUGAGCAAAGAAGAAUGAUUAAGAUCAUUCUGGAAUAUGCUGAUCAGGUGUUCACAUACGUCUUCAUCGUAGAGAUGCUCCUCAAAUGGGUAGCUUAUGGCUUCAAAGUCUACUUUACCAAUGCCUGGUGUUGGCUGGACUUCCUUAUUGUUGAUGUUUCCAUUAUCAGCUUGACAGCCAACAUCCUGGGCUACUCAGAGCUGGGGCCAAUCAAGUCCUUACGAACCCUCAGGGCCCUAAGGCCCCUCAGAGCCCUGUCUAGAUUUGAAGGGAUGAGGGUGGUGGUGAAUGCGCUAGUGGGAGCCAUCCCCUCCAUCUUCAAUGUGCUGCUGGUCUGCCUGAUCUUCUGGCUAAUCUUCAGUAUCAUGGGUGUCAACCUCUUUGCCGGAAAGUUCUACCGUUGUGUGAACACCACCUCAGGGGAGAUGUUUCUCACAGAUGUGGUUAACAAUAAAUCAGAUUGUUCUUCCCUUGAGGAGUCUGGUCUUGAUGCUCGAUGGACCAACCUCAAGGUUACCUACGACAAUGUGGGCAUGGGCUAUCUUUCUCUGCUUCAAGUGUCAACAUUUAAGGGAUGGAUGGACAUCAUGUAUGGUGCAGUUGAUUCACGUGGGAUUGAAGAUCAACCUGAGUAUGAAGCAAACCUCUACAUGUACAUCUAUUUCGUCAUAUUCAUCAUAUUUGGCUCCUUCUUUACCCUCAAUCUCUUCAUUGGUGUCAUCAUUGACAAUUUCAACCAACAGAAGGCAAAGUUUGGAGGCAAGGACAUCUUCAUGACAGAAGAACAGAAAAAGUACUACAAUGCUAUGAAGAAACUGGGUUCUAAGAAGCCACAGAAGCCUAUACCAAGACCAGAGAACAGAUUUUCAGCACUGGUCUUUGACUUGGUCACCCAACAAUUCUUUGACAUCCUUAUCAUGAUAUUGAUCAUGCUCAACAUGAUAACCAUGAUGGUGGAAACGGAUGGCCAGAGUAAAGAGAAGGAGGACAUACUUUUCCUCAUCAACUUGGUCUUCAUUGUGGUCUUCACCACAGAAUGCAGUCUGAAAAUGAUUGCCCUCCGACAGUACUUCUUCACAAUUGGCUGGAACAUUUUUGACUUUGUUGUUGUUAUUCUGUCUGUAGUGGGUCUUGUGCUGGCAGACAUCAUUGAGAAAUAUUUUGUCUCUCCAACUCUUUUCCGUGUGAUCCGACUGGCAAGGAUUGGUCGAGUUCUGCGCCUCAUUCGUGGUGCCAAGGGAAUUCGAACACUUCUGUUUGCCCUGAUGAUGUCACUUCCUGCACUUUUCAAUAUUGGCCUUCUCCUUUUCCUUAUCAUGUUCAUUUUCUCCAUUUUUGGCAUGUCCAACUUCGCCUAUGUCAAGCGUGAAGGCAUGAUUGAUGACAUGUUUAACUUUGAGACUUUUGGCAACAGCAUCAUCUGCCUUUUCAUGAUCACAACUUCAGCAGGUUGGGACGGACUCCUUUCACCCAUUUUGAACAGUGGUCCACCGGAUUGUGACCCUGACUUGGAAAACCCAGGAUCAGAUGUGAGGGGUAACUGCGGCAGCCCUGGGGUAGGAAUCGUCUUCUUCUGCACCUACAUUGUUAUGUCCUUUCUGGUAGUGGUCAACAUGUACAUUGCCAUCAUCCUGGAGAACUUCAACGUGGCCACUGAGGAAAGCGCUGACCCAUUGUGCGAGGACGACUUUGAGAUGUUUUACGAGAUGUGGGAGAAGUUUGAUCCAGAUGCUUCACAGUUCAUCAGCUACAGCCAGCUCUCUGAGUUUUGCGACACCCUAAAAGAACCCCUCAGGAUCCCAAAACCAAACACAAUCAAGCUGAUCACAAUGGACCUGCCCAUGGUGCCAGGUGAUAAGAUCCACUGUCUGGACAUACUUCUGGCCCUGACAGCUGAUGUACUUGGUGACUCAGGAGAGUUGGACACUCUCAAGGCGAGCAUGGAGGAGAAGUUCAUGGCCAACAACCCUUCCAAGACGUCCUACGAGCCCAUCACCACCACACUAAGGCGCAAGCAAGAGGACGUGGCUGCCCGAGUCAUCCAGAAAGCCUGGCGCAAGUACAUCCUCUGCCGUUCCCUCAAGCACGCCUCGUUCCUGUUCCGUGAAAAGUCUGACCAGACUGGGGAUGGCGAGGAGCCACCUGAGAAGGAUGGAAUGAUUGCUUUCAGAAUGAGCCAGUUCUAUGGUGAUGGGAUGGAGCAGGAUGUCGCCAUGUGGAACCCCGUAGCAGCUUCUGACAAAGUACCCCUCACUCCCUCUGGUCCUGUGGAGGUCCAGAAUGAAGUGGUCUUGCACUCUGCCCCAUACACUAUCCCUGACACUGCUGAAUUUGUUGGCAGCCUGAGGGAGAGUAUUGUUUAGAUAUAGUUCCCUGAGGGUUUGUAGUAUCACCACCAUGUUUGGGUGUCUAGAAAGACACUUAGUCCUUGAUUCUCCUCUUGGCUACAUUGGCUAUGUGUAAAGUCAAAUGUUUCAGAGUGACCUUCAAGACCUGCCGAUUGUGAUGGUAUAUAUUGUUACGUUUUAGCAUGGCUAAAAUGCAAUGAAAGUGUUUUCUCCCAAAAGUGGGGCCCACUCUCUCCAUAUCAGACUGAUCCUUAGACAGAUGAUAUAAUGAAUGACAGUUUACUCAAGUCAUUACAUUAGAAAAUUGAUACUAAUUACAGUAAAACAAUCCAUGCAAGUAAUUGAUACCCUGGUAUGACUAUUAAAUUGGACUAGAUAUUUAUUUUAUUUCAAAAUAUUAUGUUAUAUUCAUUGUUGUUGGCUUUUCCCUGCAGAAAACUGGUUGGCAACAUUGAUCUGGUAUGUUAUAAAUUAGAGGUAGGCUACAAGUUUCCAACUCAAAAUGGAAAUGGAAAUUACAGCCAGUCAACCAUUAAGGAAAGUCUAAUCUUUUCUUUGGCGACACUCCAGGAAACAGCCAGAAUGUACAGCAGUAAAACAUGAUAUCAGAGAUGGGUCAGCUGAAACUACUGGAGCUACUGAAGUCAUUUUUUUAAAGCCAAAAUAUUGUAAAACUCCCCUGGUUUCAGUAGGUGACCACAUGUUUUUGUACAGCACAGAGUUAUUACAUGGCACUGUGUGCAUUAGGACAAAUCUAGUUAUGUACUUCUAAAAUCUAAAUGAGCAGAGAGAAUGUCAGAGAAAUGCACUGCAGAUAUUACAUGUGAUCCUAAUAAGGAAUAGUCACGUCUUCACCAAAGCUUGUCAAAACCAUGAUGAUAAUAUUUAUUUAAUUACAUUUGUAUUUAUUUUAUUUAAUUCUAAUGCCAUGAUUCAAAAGUAACCACACACUUUCAGCAAGUCUGUUAUUUUUGUAUUAUGUAAAAUAAUUGUCUGUUAUCAUCACCCCAAGUCAUAUCCUAUUGAUCAUUUAAUACUGAGGCCUUUUAACUGUAUGGCACAUGCUGGUCCUGUGUGAUGGAAUAGGGGGAGAAAGCUGGACCCUACAAAGAUGUGCUACCAAGAGCCCUUUGGGUGCUUCGCUUAUCAUUGAAGAGUAUAAAGAUAACUCUUACAGUAUAAACAGAGAAUAGUUGUGCAGGGCUAUGGGAUUCUGAAAUGUUACUUGUCUUCUUGGUGAGCUAUGGUCAGAAGAGCUUUUUUUUAAAAAAUUGCCAGCAUGUUCAGCUCUGCUCUGAUGUAUGAGCUAUCAUUUUUCAGUGUUUUUCGAUGACAUGUCUGCCACAGAGAUCAUCUUUUGCAUGCAAGAUUUAAACACUGGCAAUUUCUUGUUAAAUGAACAACGAAUUAAUAUAUUUUUAGGUAAAUAUAUUUUUUAUAAAUACAAUUUUUUAUCAUUCUCCUUGUAAAAAUGCUUUGUUGUAGAUAUUUGCUUGUCAUAGAUUUUCUUUCUUUCUUUAACAUCAUGUUUACAUACUGUAUUCAUUGUAAUCAAGUGAGCUUCCAGAAGUAGUCAUGUUUGUCUCAGUUUAAUGAGUUUAAAAUUCUUAAACCUGGCCAUAAUAGAAUGUCAGUGUAGAAUUGUUUUGGUUGACUGUGGAAAACAUUGCCAAAACUUUGCAACCAGUGGCUAUAGGAGGAAAAUAUAUGCUCAACGACUACAUGAAAGAACACAUAUUCAACAGCAGAAAGUUCUCAAACUUCUCAAACCUAUAUUUAUUUAUUUUUUAAGUAGCAUUAAAUAUACGUUACCAUACAUAUUUAAAGACAUUUUACCCUACUUCACAAAAAUAACAACUUUUGAUUUAUGGCACUUCCACAAACAACCAGUCUUACCUAAACAUGUCUUCCUUUUAAAUUAUCAUUGCCAGAGAACGGGCAGUUUAACAAUAUAAUUGUUGUGUCUCAUUUUUAUAGAAUUAGGAAAGCAUUUGUGAAUUGAUAUGUAGUUUAUAUUUUCAACUAUUCUUUCAAAUUUAGGUGAGCGAUUUAUCUAGUAAUGCUAAACCUGUCAGACAGGUUUUGCUUUUUAAGAGUUAAGAGAGGUAUUUGGAAUGCUUUUGUGGUACUUCAGUAAUUGGGUGCAAUUACAGUAGUGUAUAUUGAACUGUUCUUCGACUAAAUUAUUUUAGUUAUGUAGUUGUUAAUUUUUGCAUUUCAAGGGUUUUGUAAUGUUUCUAAUAGUUAAAGUUAUUUUAAAAAUAAAAAUAAAGUAUGUCACCCAGUAAUAAUCCAGUAUUGGCCGAAAUGACUCAGCUAGUGAUGAGUGUAGAUUCCGAGUGUUGGAGUGUUGCUUUCUGCCUUUGUAGAAAAAUUGUUUCUUAGGAAAAAAACUCUAUCCCAAUUGAAGAGGCCUUGGUAUCACUUUACAUAAACUCAACUUAAUAAAAAUGUAAAUGUAAAUCAGGUUUCUAGGCCAAGUACUGUAUACUUGUGUAUACAAGGAUUUUGGUCUCUGCAUUUAUCCCAUCCGUGAAUUAGUGAACACACAGAGCACACAGUGAACACACAGUGAGGUGAAGCACACACUAAUCCUGACGCAGUGAGCUGCCUUGCUACAGUGGCGCUCGGGGAGCAGUGAGGGGUUAGGUGCCUUGCUCAAGGGCACUUUAGCCGUUCCCAUUUCACUUUAUUGAUUUCAAAGUCGAUGUGAACAUUAGAAGCAGUGAUGUUAUUACAGCCAAUGAUGCCAAAUUAUGUCUAUACAUGUCUCAAGCAGCUAAAUGACCUUUCCAUCAAUACAGUCGAAGCAGGCGUUGUCGAUGUGCUUUCAUUUUUAUCAUGAAUUUUGGAUAGGUCUGCAUGUCCAUGGUCCGAUGGUGCACAGAUCCCUGCAGUAUCACUGUGUUACCAGUUCAACUUACAGCUCAUCCAGAAGUCCAAAAGGGCGUAACUAUGCCAACUCUUUGAUGGCUUAGACCUCACCACAUCUUUUUUAUCAUUAAACAAUUUAACUAAACUACAUGGUAUUUUGUAUUAUAAACUACAUUUGAAUUUUAAAACAUUUUGUAAUUAUUUAGAUUUACUUUCAACUUUCACCAAUUCUGUUUCAAGUUCACUGAGAUAUACUGUGCAUGUUGUUGACAGUGUCAAAUCAUUGGAUCAGUUAUCAUGAUGCGUAUGACAUUUGCCAUGUCAUGUUUAGAACAUGGUCAGUCAGUAAGAUGGUCUUAAGUGUUACCAAGACCUUAAUAGCUGUCCAGAUACCUUUUUUAUGGACUCCCUCUGUGUUGAAUUACGAUAUUGAUAGCAAUAUAUUCAUCCCCCCACUGUUGCUAUGAACAAUACUAUCUCAAGCCCAAAAGUGAACAGAAUCUUUGGAACCUAUGCAUUGUCCACAUUGGUAUACGCUAGAAUUAACUUCAGGGCAGGAGAAAGAAACACUAUUUACUCAAUGCCACACCAUGAUUGAGAAUCAGAAUGAUGUGAGUUAUAUUUGUGAAUGCUGAUAAAUGGAUAGAUAUGACUGUUUAUUUGAUUCACUGUAGAUCAGAGUUUUUCCAUGUUGCUCUUGACCCCCCCCCCCCUUUCCAAAGCAUGGUUUCCAGCUCUCCUGCCCUGGAUAUCUGACUGAACUCAUCAGCUCCACUGGAGAUUAAAUGGACAUCCACAGCAUCCUGCCAAUCCAGGUCAUUUUAACCACACUGUUUGAUAUCAGGUGUCUACUGUAGAGAUAGAAGAUUUCCAGUGCAGGAGGACUCAGUGGCUGGUUUGAGAUUUUCUGCUUUUAGGACAGAAAGGAGAGGCCCUCUUGAAUGUGUGCAUUCUCGAUGAUGCUUGUACAUAUGUAUUAUGACUUUAAUUUUGGAAUGAUUUUUUUAGGUCUUUGUACAGUGCCUCAAAUGCCAAUAAAUUAUAUUGAAA